GCGGCGCGCUGCUGCAGCCGGCUCGGUUGCCCCUCUGAAGAAAUUGUAUUGAACAAGAGCAGUUCUACUAACGGGGCUCCCCUUUGUCUCUAUAAUGAAGAAAAGCAGAAGUGUCAUGGCAGUAACUGCAGACGAGAAUGCCCUGGAUUACCUGGAGUGUGGGCUGAGCAAGUCCUACAGCACCUCUAGCCAUGCGCUGGGCAUAGACCUGUGGAGAGGCAGAAGAUGCUGUUCUGGGAAUUUGCAGCUGCCCCCGCUAUCCCAAAGACAAACAGAAAAAGCCAAGAGCCCCGACAGAGACACCAUCUCUAGGCCGACAACUCUGCCUUUGUUGACGCCUCCAAGUAUUGCAAUCACUUCUUACCACGACUGCUUCGAUGUGGAAAAUGGCCCGUCCCCGGGGCGCAGCCCGCUGGACCCGCAGGCCGGCUCCUCGUCGGGCCUCGUGCUGCACACCACCUUCCCCGGCCACAGCCAGCGCCGCGAGUCCUUCCUCUACCGCUCCGACAGCGACUACGACCUGUCGCCCAAGACCAUGUCCAGGAACUCCUCUCUGCCCAGCGAGCAGCACGGGGAUGACCUGAUCGUCACGCCUUUCGCACAGGUCCUGGCCAGCCUGCGGAGCGUGAGGAAUAACUUCACGUUGCUCACCAAUUUGCACGGGACAGCGAACAAGCGAUCUCCUGCCACCAGCCAGCCGCCUGUGUCUCGAGUGAGCCUGCAAGAGGAGCCCUACCAGAAGCUGGCCAUGGAGACGCUGGAGGAGCUCGACUGGUGCCUGGACCAGCUGGAGACCAUCCAGACGUACCGCUCCGUCAGCGAGAUGGCCUCCAACAAGUUCAAGCGGAUGCUGAACCGGGAGCUGACCCACCUGUCCGAGAUGAGCCGCUCCGGGAACCAGGUGUCCGAGUACAUCUCCAACACCUUCCUGGACAAGCAGAACGACGUGGAGAUCCCUUCGCCCACGCAGAAGGACAGGGAGAAGAAGAAAAAGCAGCAGCUCAUGACGCAGAUCAGCGGAGUGAAGAAAUUAAUGCACAGUUCGAGCUUAAAUAACACCAGCAUUUCCCGCUUCGGUGUGAAAACGGAGAAGGAAGACCACCUGGCCAAGGAGCUGGAAGACCUGAAUAAGUGGGGUCUCAACAUAUUCAACGUGGCGAGGUAUUCCCACAACAGGCCCCUCACCUGCAUCAUGUAUGCUAUAUUCCAGGAGAGAGACCUGCUGAAGACGUUCAAGAUCUCCUCGGACACGUUCGUGACGUACAUGAUGACCUUGGAAGACCACUACCACUCGGACGUCGCGUACCACAACAGCCUGCACGCGGCCGACGUGGCCCAGUCCACCCACGUGCUGCUCUCCACCCCUGCCCUGGAUGCCGUCUUCACCGAUUUGGAAAUCCUUGCUGCAAUUUUUGCAGCUGCAAUUCAUGAUGUGGAUCACCCUGGUGUCUCCAAUCAAUUUCUAAUUAAUACAAAUUCGGAGCUCGCCCUCAUGUACAACGACGAGUCUGUCUUGGAGAACCACCAUCUGGCCGUGGGGUUCAAGCUGCUCCAGGAGGAGCACUGCGACAUCUUCCAGAACCUCACCAAGAAGCAGCGGCAGACCCUGCGCAAGAUGGUCAUCGACAUGGUACUGGCGACAGAUAUGUCGAAGCACAUGAGCCUCCUGGCUGACCUGAAGACCAUGGUGGAAACGAAGAAGGUGACGAGCUCGGGGGUGCUCCUGCUGGAUAACUACACCGACAGGAUACAGGUUCUCCGAAAUAUGGUACAUUGUGCAGACCUGAGUAAUCCCACUAAGUCUCUGGAGCUGUACCGGCAGUGGACGGACAGGAUCAUGGAGGAGUUCUUCCAGCAGGGAGACAAGGAGCGAGAAAGGGGAAUGGAAAUCAGCCCCAUGUGUGACAAGCACACAGCAUCCGUGGAAAAAUCACAGGUGGGCUUCAUCGACUACAUCGUGCACCCGCUGUGGGAGACGUGGGCCGACCUGGUGCAGCCCGACGCGCAGGACAUCCUGGACACGCUGGAGGACAACCGGAACUGGUACCAGAGCAUGAUCCCGCAGAGCCCCUCGCCGCCGCUCGAGGAGCGCGGCCGCGACUGCCAGGGCCUCAUGGAGAAGUUCCAGUUCGAGCUCACGCUGGAGGAGGAGGAUUCGGACGGGCCGGAGAAGGAGGCCGAGAGCGGCGGCUACUUCGGCAGCGCCAGCAGCCUCCGCGUGGCCGGUGCAGCGCGGGAGGAGCCUCCGAGGGAGGCCGGCAUCGAGAUCGUCACGGAGGACACGUCCCCCGCGGACACAUAAGGGGC